CUGACGAUGCCUUGGCCUGCGUCGACAGAUGCCUCCUACUAUUUAAAACAUAAGACAACUCGUCAAGAUACUCCACGCCCGUCUAACUGUACAUCGCCAUGGAAAGGAUCGCUGAGUCGACUGCCUUACAUCGAAACCUCGCCAUCUCUGAAUUCAUGGAACUACGAGCCAGUGGAAUCACAUGAUCUCCUGGACUGCAUAUCGGAGCGUGAAUGGCGUUUAUUGGCAACCCUAGCUAGGAAGAGAGAAGAUGAUGAAGUGAGAAAUCAACUCGCAGAGCAAUUCCGAAAGUUGUGGGAGAAGGAAAAGAUUGAAAACAAAAUUGUAGAAGAAGAAAUAUCUGGUCAAUACAAACGUUAUCUCCUCGAGAAACGUAAACAGGAAGAACACCAGCAAGAACUUAAGAAUCUCGAGCGAACUGCUGUCCAGCAGCUUCGGCGCGACCUAUUGCUCGACACCAUCAAAUACAAGGAGGUGUCGAGUGCUAACAGGAUUGCUCGUGUUAAUGAUGUAAAGACCAAUCACAUAUUACACAAAGCGUUAGAUGGCGAAGCGCGACGCCUGUUAGCGAAUGACAGGCGACACAGGCUGGAAGCCGCGCAGGGAUUGCGUAAGCAAGUGGACUUAUUUCGUGGACUUAACAAAGUCGACAAUGCCAGGAAGAAGCGCUCUGCUAUUCUUAGAGACUGUUCUCAGCGAACAGCAAUAUCCAACACUCUGAGUAGUUGGGAAUCGACACUCGUGCGCAACGAAUUAAAUGCCAUAGACGAAGCUAGACGUGCCCAAUACGCUGCGCACGCGGCGUGGAUUGACCAGCGUAGUGCGAAGCUUGCGCAGGCGAGAGAGAAGUCGCAACGUCGCGCGAGAAGAAUAGCUGAUCUGACGCAGCAAUUGAGAGAUAUCGUUAAGAAUGGUUGAGUAUGUUAUAUGUCUUCGGUGUUGAGUGUGCAAUUCAAGUAAUUUAAGAGUUAUUGUUAAGAAGAUAUUUGUAAAAGGUUAUUGAAAAAACUGAAUUG